CAAUGCGACUUUUUGUUUCGGCACGAACAAAUAUGUUUUUACCAGAGUCUGGAUCAAUAUGUAAUACUUGUCGUAUGCGUUAUCUCAAAUGGCGUAACAAUACUGAAUUUGUCAACGUCUUAGAUCGUCUUGGAAAAGAAUCAGACGAAUCAAUAAUGGAUACUGACGAUAAAAAUGAUGAUGAGAAUAUUGAAUCUGGAACAGCCGCGUCAUCAAAUGAUCUAGUUAAUACAAACAUUGUGACUUUACCAUUGAAUAUUACCAUUUCAUGUCAUUACCGCUGUGUUGUUUGUCGAGAGGUUAUGAAUUCAACAGUUACCGUUUCUGAUCAAGAUCGAGACCUUCUAUUUAUUAAAAGCAAUAUUUUAAUUCCAAAAGGUAGUCGAUGUUGCCCAGGUCAUGUUGUUAAUGAACGUUUACGCAUUGAUGAUUUAAAUAAAAUUCGACCUCACACAAUUACCCAAACACCUUUUUCUUGUACCGAUAUAUUAACAUGGUUUGACAAAUUCCGAGAUCACUAUAAUUCAUUUCGAUAUUUUGAUUUUGAUCAUCCUAUUACAAUGUCGGAUAUUGAUUGUUAUAACUUAACCGGAAUAUCAAAAUUAAAUUUUGAGCACUUGAUCGAAUUGCUCGCCGAUUCCAACAUCAAACAUUCAUCUAAUCGAUCAUUUCGAAAUGCUGUUGGUUUAUUUUUAACAAAACUUAGAUUAGGACUUAGUAACAAAGUUCUUACAACAAUUUUUCAGUUUUCAAAUCCUGAAGCUGUUUCUCGAACUCUAGCUGCUGUUCGUCAAGCUAUGCUAUCUAACUUUGUACCUCGAUAUCUCGGUUUUAAUCAUAUUUCUCGUCAAAGUGUCAUUCACAAUCAUUCUUCUCCGCUUGCUACUCGUUUACUAACCGAACAACCAAAUACAGCUGUACUCGUAAUCGAUGGUACAUACUUAUACCUACAGAAGAGUCGCAACAACGAAUUACAACGACGAACAUACAAUAUCCACAAGCACCGAUCACUAGUUAAACCUAUGUUGAUUACUACCACUACAGGUUAUAUUGUAGCAGCUUAUGGGCCUUAUUUGUCAGACAGUUCCAACAAUGAUGCAGCUAUGCAAAAAGAUAUAUUGAUCAACAACAAAGAUGGAAUAUUAAAUUGGAUUGCUGAACACGACAUAGUAGUCGUAGAUAGGGGCUUUCGGGAUAGUACAGGUAUGAUGCGAGCAUUAGGCCUUGAUGUAUGCAUGCCAGACUUUCUAAAUGGUCGCCGUCGAUUUGACGCACUCGAAGCAAAUCGAUCACGCUUCAUUAGCAAGAUUCGUUGGGUGGUUGAAUCAGCUAAUGGUCGGGUGAAACAUUUCAAAUGGCUAAACCAGACCAUUCAAAAUUCAACAAUUCCUCAGGUGCGUGAUUACCUACAAAUUGCUUGUGCUCUUGUUAAUGCCUAUCGAGCUCCUGUCAUCUCUUCAUCUUCAAAUGAUGAUCGAAUUGCUGUCCAAAUGCUGACCUGUCUUCAUGAACCAAACUUACUUCGAUUGCGCCUUAACAACGAAAUUCUUCAUUGGUCAAACAAUGAUUCAUCUGACCUUGUUGGUUUUCCUAUUCUCACACUUGAUCAAAUUCGACUAAUCACCGUCGGAGUGUUUCAACUGAAGCAGGCUCGCUCUUAUUCCGAAGAGCAUUGUUCAACUACAGACUUGAAUAAUUAUGCUGAGUUUCCGCUUCAGAUUUGUCAAACUGAUCCUCAACUUAUUCGAAUUCUCUUUCAAUCUCGUCACAGCAAAAGGAAGACGUAUUAUACAUAUGUUCAAUUUACAAAAGACGAAAUUCAGAACAGUUGCUGUGAUUGUCCAAGUGGUGAUAGAAAAGUUGGCGUAUGUUCUCAUCGAGCAGCUGCUAUUUGGUUUUUAGCUUAUCAACGACAUCGCAACGAUGCUUCUGCAUAUCAACCAUCCGGCUCAUACGUGGAUCUUCUCGACAACAGUGAGUUAGUAGAUGACUUUGUUGAGUCAUCUGAUGAAGAUGAAGACAUCUUAUACUCUGUUGUUUCAUAA